UUGAUAACUGUAUUAGAUACACUUUCCUUCUUGUUUUUGGAUAAGUACAAACUGAGACGUCUGGAACUAUUUUUUGGAUUUUUGAUCACUACAAUGGCCGUAUCGUUUGGUUAUCAGUACAUCGUUACUGAUAUACCGCAAAUCAGUGUAAUUGAAGGAAUGUUCCUACCUUGGUCUUCUGAUUACCGUCCCGGUACACUGCUGCAGGCUGUGGGUAUAAUCGGUGCCGUUAUCAUGCCGCACAACUUAUAUUUACAUUCAGCGCUUGUAAAGUCUCGUGCGAUCAAUCGAAACGAUGUUAAGGAAGUGAAAAAAGCAAAUCGUUAUUACUUUAUAGAAGCAUCGAUUGCCCUUGCGGUAUCCUUUGUCAUUAACGUGUUUGUAGUGUCCGUUUUCGCUCAUGAUGUGUAUGGAAAGACUAAUCAAGACGUGCAAAUAAUUAUACAGCCGAUAUCAACAUUUAUAAAGGCGGAUUAGUACUUGGAUGUUUUUAUGGUGGACUAUCGAUGUACGUGUGGGCUA